CAGCAAUAGCAGCUGUCAUUUUAACCACGCACGUGUGCGUAAUUUCCUCCCCUGUUUGCCAUUGACGAGCGGGGGCCGCCGCCUUUCAUUGUAUGAAAGGGCCCGCUGGUAGGUGAGAUUGUUUUUGUUCAGCUCUGGCAGGAGCCGGAGACAAAAGAACAGACGGAAACGGCUAGGCGAGGGGCCGAUAAACCAGGGCGCACAAAACAACGAUCACCGCGUGCGCAAUCAUCGGUGGGGGCUUCUUCUUCUUCUUCUUGCAAAGGAUAUUAGCCAGACAGAGGAGUGUUGUCAGUGUGUCUUGGUCUUGCUACUACUACGCAACGAACUCUAAAAGACCCCCCCAAAAACGGUCCCCGCGUGAAUACACUAGACAAACACAUCGGAAAGACGAGGCUGGUUCCUUCAAUCCACACAAAAUACUAAUGGUGGUAGUGUGCUAGGUUCAGUACUUUAAGAGAAAACUGUGAAGCAAACAUUGUGAAUUGUCAAGUGUUAAAGCAUAGCAGCGCGAACAAAGUACGCGAUCACACACACAUACGCGAUCCUCACUGCCAAACUGCAUUCGCAUUCGCCAUAUACAUAAAGUGUGAAAAACUCUGUGUUCCUCGUACCCAAAUAGAGACUGUCCAAUAGUGCGCUAAAUACAUACACAUACAACUUCCACACUGCCAGGGCUUUUGCUCUACACACACACACACACAACGCGCGUGAGCCCCGGGAGGCAGUUUCGUUUCGCUUUACGGAAACGAUUUGUGCAACCUGGAGGAGGGUGUGAUCCAGUGUACGGAAGCGAACGAACGGAACACUAGAGGGAGCGGCAGCUUUACCCCCUUUCCAGCAUGGCAACCGACAGUGGCGAUGUCGCCACGCUGGCCCAAUCAGCGGUGGCGGAAAAGCGCCAGGAGGAGGACAACAACAACAAGAUCGACCUUGUAGCGGAUGCGGUAACGAAGCUGUCCAUAAACGGUACCGCACCGGUGGCGGCGGACGCAAAUGGUGAAGCGGAGGAGGAACCGGGCACCACCGAACCGUCGGACAACGCGCUCAACAACAACGAUGGAGGUGGCGGCGGCACUGCAGCGACCGGGAACAACAAUAACGCCUCGGAUCCGGCCACUCCGACCACGCCGACCGGUGGGCUGUCGAUUGGCAAGCGCAUCCGCCGCACGUCCGAGAAGCUGAACGAGGAUGCGGUGAGCUGUGUGCGCAAGAAGUACUCGCUCGAUCUGCUGCUGUCGCUGAAGGAUUCGGCGAUUGGGCGCGAGAAGCCCACCACGAUACCGGACGUUUGCAAAUCGCUGCUCAAGUCCAGCCCGGGCACGUUCGUGUCCUCCGCACGGCACAUGGGCGGUCGUGGUGGCGGCGGCGGUGGUGGUGGUGGUGCUGGCGCCGUCAGCGGACAGGACAACUCGCUGCUGCCGUCGUUCAUGAAGAGCAUGGGCUUCGGCGGCCCGAUGCCGUCAGCGGGCGAAGGGAGCGGAAUGGAUAGCCCGUCGGGCGGUGGCCGGCCGCCCAUGAACCGCAACCUGUACCGUGGCCGGCUGUCCGCGAAGGAGAUGUCGACCCGCACCGGCGCAAUGGCGGGCGGGGACGACACGGACGGGCAGAUGAUCAAGGUGAACCUGAACAUUAGCGAGGAGGUGAAGCUAAAGUCCUCCUCGAACGCGUGGAAACCGUCCUUCAUGCAGCCGAAGGUGGCGGCCGACCCGGAGACGGAAAAGACCCAGAAGCUGUCGCGCGAGUUCCGCAGCGCGCUCAACAAGCUGACGCCGGAGAACUUUGGCGUGCUGAAGGAACAGAUCAAGGCGCUCACGAUCGACACGGAAGAGCGGCUGACCAACUGCAUCAAGAUCCUGUUCGAGAAGGCCAUCAUGGAGCCGAACUUUUCCGACACGUACGCGCAGCUGUGCCGGGAGCUCGGCACAGAGAUCAAGGUUAGCCCGAGCGGUGCGACCGGGCAGGUGAUGAGCCUGAAGCGCGUGCUCAUCUCCCAGUGCCAGGCGGAGUUCGAGAAGCAUCGCACCGAUUGCAAGCGCAACACGAAGCUGCAGCAGGAGAACGACAAGCGCACGGAGGCGGGCGAACAGACCGCGGAACAGACCGAGGACAUGAAGAUGGAGCUGGAGGAGCAGACGAACCGCAUCCGGAGGCGAGCGCUCGGCACGAUCCGCUUCAUCGGUGCGCUGUACAAGCAGGAGCAGCUGAGCGCGAACAUUAUGCUCAAGUGCAUCAUGCAGCUGCUGCAGGACGACGUGCUGGACGAGGAGUCGCUCGAGUGUCUGUGCAAGCUGCUGACCACGAUCGGCGUGCGCAUUGAGGCGACCGCCCAGGACUCGUCCGGCACGCUGCAGGAGUGCUUCAACAAGCUGCAGCGCAUCUCGGAACGUCAGAUACUGCUGCCGAACGGGGAGCCGGUGUGCAAUCGCAUCCGGUUCAUGAUCAUGGACCUGCUCGACCUGCGCAAGGAUAAGUGGCGAGGGAGACUGGCCCAGGCGGCGCCGAAAACGCGCGAGGAGAUCCAGCGCGAGGUGGAGGCGGAGGAGAACAAGAACUGGCUGCUCAGCUACAAGCUACCGCGCGGUGGCGGUGGAGGUGGUGGUGGCGGCGGUGGUGGUGGUCGUGGAGGUGGUGGUGGUGGCGGCGGCGGCGGUGGCGGUGGUGGCGGAAGUGCACAGAAGAACAAGCGCAUGGUCGAUGAGGAUGGGUUUAUGCUGCCGGCCAACUCGCGCAACAAUGCCUGGACCAUGCUAUCGAUCGAUCCGAAGAAGAUAAACAUUUCGGCACCUAAACCGCAGACUGGUGAAACGCGCCUCGGAUCGGCCUCCAUGUUCCAGGGCUGGGGUGGAAAAACAAACAACGUGUUCGCGUCCCUCAACAUUGACGAGUCGGCUGCCCAACCGCCAAGCUUCUUCGGUGCGUCCGGUCCGAUGGGUGGUGGCAGUAGUGGUGGUGGUGGUGGUGGAAGUGGCGGAAGUGGCGGCAGCGGUGGUGGUGGACGAGGAGGUGGUGGUGGUGGAGGUGGUUCCAAGGGUUCGCAAUCCCACAAAAAGGGUGGCGGCGGCGGCGGUGGCAACAACUCUAAAACGCCCCAUUACCUCGGCCGAACCAGCAGCCACUUGUGAUAGGGCAAUCAUCAGCAGCAAUGAUCGAUCGACACCGAACAGCAGCACUAACCCCCCGGCCAUCAUCAUCCACGUGCAAUGAGGUAACAGUGGAGAGAGAGAGAGAGAGAAUGGGAGAGAAACACACAGCAGCCAAGGAGUGCGGCUGCAAAAUUGUGAAGCGCUGGCGCAGAAAUGAUCGAGAAAAUCACGAGGAGAAGCUAAAUUUGCUGCGAAAGAUGAGGGUAGAUGAUGGAGGUGCACGAGUGGGGCUGCUCUGUUUUGUUUACGCUACUACCACAUCCCAAUUGCGCUUUAUUUUUGACACAAUUUCGGUAGGUCCGGUAUCGCAGUCAGUGGGUUUUUAACUUACGCCUCAAAACACACGAAACGGUCGAACGGGGGGGUCGCGCCUCCUUUUCUCAUUGUGACAUAGGGAAAGGGGCGAAGAUUUGCAUGAGGGCACCAGGGUUUACUACAGGGCCUACUACUGAGAGAGAUGAGAUCAAGAUUAGAUCUUCGUCUUCGCCUAGGUUUCGUCCCGCAGCAGAUAUACCUCUGUGUGUAUCUGGUAGCCUGUUUGUGUGUGUAUGUAUGUGUGUAUGUAACUCUUUUCGUACAGUUGGCUUUUUUGGGUAGGCACAUUUUAUGAUGAACGCAUUAAAAUUCAAUGUAUCGCUCUACGCACUCAAUGCACUCAAUGGGGGAACCAGCAGCAAAACAUAAUGCAGUGGGCUGGAUCACUGUUUAGUAAACCUUUAUCUGCACACUAUAACUGUUACUAUUGCAAAUUCUGUGGUUUCCGUCUCCCUCUAUUUCUCCUUUUAAAAGGGUUUAUUUUCACGUUAAUUUCCCACUUGUUCUUUUCCUGUAAAUCUAAAGUAAAGGUUUUGACUAUCUAAAGUGCGAGGUUGUACAGAAGAAGCAGAAGAAGAAGAAGAAGACACGCAAAAAACCCCGCGUUGAUACUAAUGCUAACAUGAUAUUGAUGAUAUGAUGGAAGAGAGCGUGAGGGGGUGAGAUAGAGAAAUGAUUGUGUUUUCCUUCCGCUAUUAAUUUUUAUAACCUUCCAUACAAGAAAAAAAGAGAAAAAUCCAGCCGCAAAUAGGAAAACAGUUGAACGACGCGAGGGAGAAUGUGUUUUCAUGAAACAAAACAAAAAAAAGAAGCAGAGAUAUACUCGAUAAAAAAGAAGCCGUACUAAUAUGUAUACAUUAGUUGAUUAGUUAGGACGCAAAACCGAUUAAAAAUUGAGAAGCGAGGCGAUAUCUUUAAGAUCCUCUCUACCAUCCCCCCGCCCCCGACACACAAACACACACACGGUUCUAAGCCAAAACAUGCAACAAUUGGUGCGGUUGCAGUAUGAAACAUUUAAAGCAGAAACUGCUUCCAUAAGUACAGUGUUCCCAGCAGACUGUGUGAACUGUUAAACAAAAAAGAAGAAAAAAGCUAACCGUUUAAAAAACAAAAGUAUGGCACAGAACGGCGGAUUGGGUAAAGCAGCAUUAAUAUAUACAUGAAUGAGCAAAAAAAAAAAAAGGGAAAGCAAAGCAGAAAUAGCACCAUAUAUAUUAGCAAUAUAAACCAUACAUUAUAUAUAAACCACAUGAGAAAACAAGAAACAACGUGUUUGAUGAAUAUAGACUAAAACAAAGGAAGAGGAGGAUGGUGCUGCUCCUCGCAGGAAACAUGCAACAGUGCAACCUGGUUCUUCCCGUAAGCCUCUGUGGCCCAGAAUCUAGGGGCGCAGUUCAAAAAAGAGCAAGAAGACACAGUUUCAGGUACGAUGCAUGAAAAAGCAUGAACUUAUAAAAAUAUGAAUCGUACCUCUUACCAAGAGCCACAUUAAAACAGUGUAAAAUGGGGAUGUGCGCAAACAACAACAAUAGGGGAAUUAUUACUCUUCAGUUAAUAUAACUUUUUUUUGUUGAAUAUUUACAAUAUCAAAACGCGCAUUGUGCUUUCGCUGAUCGUGUGUCGUUGGACGCUAAGCAUUAGCGCGCAGCCUCCUCUUCCGUCAAACAAAGAGGUCAAACAUCUGCCCUCCCCCCCGGAACACAUUAGUUAGUACCGCAGCCAGAAGAAUGUAACAAACAAAUAGACAAACAAAUAUUGAGCUGAAGGGCAAACAAAAAAAAAAAAGCUGGAUAAGCAGCAGGAACACACUACUUACUAUAACUACUACUUGUAAGCUACAUUAGAUGAUAAUUUAGGGUUUUAAAAUGAAUUUGGAAUUGGAGGUUGAAGGAAGAUUUGAUGUACGCCGGUGGAAACUACGCUCCACUCAUAUCGCAAACAGCCAGCAACCAAGUGGUGGUGGCACAUGUGGGUUGUCUUUAUACAUAAACCAUCUCUUCCAAGAAGUAACUACAAUACGCGCUGCUACUACUGUUAUUACUAGCAAACACACACACACACUGCCGUCUGGAAUAAAGGAAUGCCAGAUGGUACCAAUUCGAGGGAAAAAACGCAUUCGAUUGUGCGAUUAUGCGAUAUGAUGGGAUGUGGUGAAGCAGCAGCCUGCAGUUAAUAAACAUGUUGUACCGUGGCGUACACGUGUCAUGUGUGGUACUAGAGAGAGAAUAAAAAAAACAAUACCUCCACAGACUACGUACGCGUGCGAGGACCCCGAGAACACCGACCGGCUUGGGGUCCCAAAAUGUAGCAUUAUAUGAAAUAUGAAAUGGGUUUCUUUAGCUAUCAAAAAUAGUCUCUAACGGACGGCCGGACGGCACUCAUGCUCUGAUGAUGAUGGUGAUGAUGAUGAUAAUGAUGAUGAGCUGAAGUUCCCCUACAGGGACGGGCCCGUGCUAGCAGCAGUUAUAUGGCAUAUAUUAUUAUGAUUAACUAUAAUCUCCACUUUCCCUUUUGCGCAAGAAGCUACGGCUGAAUUGGACCUUCCCGUUUCCCUCCUUCUUCCCAUCCAUACAAACUGUUACUUUCUAUCUAUUGUUCUUUGUUUUUCGUUCUACUUUCCCCCCCUUUUCUUCGGUCGGUUAAUUAGUGUAAGGAAACAUGUAAACGGUACGCGGUUACAGUGUAAAUAAACGACAGUCGCCUCCAUUUGUAAUAGCAAGCAA